AUGAUGUAUCUGCCAGGAUCCAGAGGGGAGCCCUGCUGCUCUGUGUAGAUGUACCUCGAGAUGUUGCCAGAACGCAUCAUUUUCAUAGGCAGAGCGAUAGACCACAUGUAGGCUUUAGGCUGACAGACCCUAACAAAUAAGAGCGUGAGCUUGAUUUAGGAGACGUGCUUUUCUCACAACUGGACAUCUUCGGCCUCAGCUGCUGUUUACCAACAAAUGGUUCCUGCGCGUUUAGAGUCUCGUUGUGUGAAGCGUGUUCGGCGGAAACCCCGCUGUUGUUGUGUUCCCGAGGAAACCAGAGCAGUCUCCUUCAACAGGUGUCUUUGGUGGCCUCCCUCUGUGAACCUGGUACUCCAUACACUAAAAUCCCUUCUGAAGCCCGCUGGGAGGUCUGACACAGCCUUUGAAGGACGUGGGUGUGAAGUUUGUCUGCAGCAGGCUGAAAGAGAUGAAGAUAAGUGAUGUCUUUCUAGCAGUGCUGCUGCUCCCCAGCAUCCAAGCAGUGUGUCCAGACAAAGAGCCUGGACUGCAGCCAUGGAUGCCAGGACACAGCAAAGACCACCGUGUUACGAUCGGUUAUGGCAGGAAGGUCCUUCUCACAACUUCUGCUACAGUCCACUCCAUUGAGAUUCUCAAUGGAGGAAAGCUGGUGAUUGCUGACACCAAGUGGCCCUUACUGCUUCGGACAAAACACAUUCUGAUUGGGAACAAAGGGGAGCUGCACAUUGGAAGCCCAGACUGUCCUUAUAAAGGGAACCUCACCAUCUCCUUGUUUGGAAGACUGGAUGACAGCGAUGAGGAGCACAGCUACUUUGGGAGAAAGUACAUUGGCGUGGGGACCGGAGGGACACUGGAGAUUCAUGGAGAAAAUAAGCUGUCAUGGACAUUCCUCAACAAGACACUUAACCCAGGACAGAGCAAUCAAAACAACUACCUGUACCAGAGAAGCUGGGGAAACCGUGGCAUCAUAAUCCACAUAAUUGACCCCAAGACUGGAGAAGUGCUGCAUGAUGACAGGUUUGACACAUACCGCAGUAAGAAUGAGAGUCGUCGCCUUGCAAAGUAUGUAGAUGGUGUAGAAGCGGGGCUCAUACUGGCUAUGGUGGUGAAUGAUGAGGGCUCCAACAACUUGGAGGACUCGGCCAAGAAGAGUAUAUCCAGGCUCGGGAGCCACCAUAUCAGCAGCCUGGGAUUUCGUCAUCCUUGGACCUUUAUAGUGACUAAAGGUAAUGUUUCUUCAGCUGUGGAGGAUCAUGAUGUCUAUCAAGGGACCAAGGCCUCCUCAGAGGCCUGGAGCUCUACUGCUUUUCAGUCAAGCUUUGGAGAACAUUUCACGAUCACCACCAGCAGCCAGUGGGUGCAAGAGGCAGAGUGGACAGAGUGGUUUGACAGGGAUGAUGAAAGGGGAUCUGGAGACUGGGAGAAACUGUCUGACCUGCAUCAGACCUAUCCAGACCGAUUGUGUAGCAGUCCAUUGGACAUCCAGGCUGAAACCCAUGAUGGCAUACCAUCCAACCAGACAGGAGAUGUGAUCUACAAGAAUGACAAGGACUAUGGCUUCGUCUGUCUCAACAAGGACCAGACUCAUGGCCUGUGUCACAACUACAGGGUUCGCUUCCUCUGUGGAAAACUGGUUCGUCCACAGGCCUCUAUUUCCAUUGAUGUGUUGUCGAACAGCAGCAUCCUGGAGCUCUCUGACCACCCUGCAGGCUGGGUGUCUGGGGAUCGGGUGGUUGUUGCCAGUACAGACUACUCAAUGCACCAGGCUGAAGAGUUUACCCUGUUGCCCUGUCCGACUUGCAAACCCAACGAAGUCAAGGUCAAAGGUAAGGCCAGGUUCAUCCACAUCGGUGAGGAGGUGGAUGGAGUGGACAUGAGGGCAGAGGUGGGCCUUCUGAGUCGUAACAUCCUCCUCCGUGGUGAGAUGGAGCCUGGCUGCUAUGGCAAUGAGGCCUGCAAAUUCUUCAGUUUUGACACUUUCGGGGGACAUUUGAAGGUGGAGCGAGGUUUCAGGGCAGUUCAUAUAUCAGGGGUGGAGCUCCAGCACAUGGGCCAGCAGACAAUGGGACACUAUCCAGUCCAUUUUCACAUGAAUGGAGACGUGGAUGAGAAGGGAGGCUACGAUCCCCCAACAUCUGUCAGCGAUCUAUCCAUUCACCAUUCUUUCUCCCGCUGUGUUACCAUCCACAGCUCCAAUGGACUACUGGUAAAGGAUGUGGUGGGCUACGACGCACUAGGUCACUGUUUCUUCACGGAGGACGGGCCAGAAGAGAGGAACACGUUUGACCACUGUCUGGGUCUGAUGGUGAGAGCAGGGACAUUGCUGCCUUCAGACAGAGAUAGCAAAAUGUGUCGUGACAUCACUGAUGGAGCUUACCCAGGAUAUGUGGCCAACCCACGUCAAGACUGCAGUGCAACUUCAACUUUCUGGAUCGCCAACCCCAAUAACAACCUCAUCAACUGCGCUGCUGCAGGCUCAGAGGAAACGGGUUUCUGGUUCAUUUUCCACCAUGUGCCCACAGGCCCCUCAGAGGGGCUGUACUCCCCUGGACGCACUGAACACACACCUAUGGGCCAGUUCACCAACAACAGAGCCCAUUCCAACUACAGGGCUGGAAUGAUCCUUGAUAAUGGAGUGAAGACCACCCAGGCAAAUGACAGGGAUAAGAGACCCUUCCUGUCUCUGGUUGGAGCCAGGUAUGGACCCCACCAGGACGCUGAUCCCUUCAAACCUAGAGUCCCUGCUUUAAUCCACCAUUUUGUAGCCUAUAAGAACCAGGACCAUGGAGCCUGGCUGAGAGGGGGGGAUGUCUGGCUGGAUGACUGCCAAUUUGCUGAUAAUGGCAUUGGGCUUACUCUUGCAAGUGGAGGGACAUUUCCAGACGAUGACGGCUCUCAUCAGCAGGUGAAAAACUCACUGUUUGUUGGUGAAAGUGAGAAUCAUGGAAUGCUCCUCCCAGACAACAAUGUUUGGGGCCCUGGGGGUUCUGAUCCCAUUGGCAGGACCCUGCCACAUGGCAUUGAUUUUCCUAUCAGGGGCAUGCAGAUCUACGAUGGACCAAUCAAUGUGCAGAACUGUACAUUUCGGAAAUACACAGCAAUGGACGGACGGCACACCAGCGCAUUUGGUUUCCGGCUUAACAACUCAUGGCAGAGCUGUCCAAACAACAAUGUCACCGACAUCACCUUUGAUCAUGUACCUAUCACGUCUCGGGUGUUUUUUGGAGAGCCGGGACCUUGGUUCAAUAAAAUGCAGAUGGACGGGGACAAGACAACCAUCUUCCACGAUAUCGACGGCUCAGUCAGUGAAUAUCCCGGAGCCUUCCUGGUUAAAGAGGACAACUGGCUGCUCCGUCACCCCGACUGCAUUGACGUGCCUGACUGGAAAGCUGCUAUCUGCAGUGGUCACUACGCACAGAUCUACGUCCAGACACGUAAUCCUGCCAACUUGAACAUGCUCAUAGCGAGGGAUGAGUACCCAGAUCGGCCCCUGGCACUGGAGGGCGCCCUGGGGAAGAGGAAACACUACCAGCAGUUCCAGCCAGUCAUUACACUGGCCAAAGGCUACACUAUCCACUGGGACCAGGCAGCACCCGCUGAGGUCACAAUCUGGCUCAUCAACUUCAACAGAAAUGACUGGAUCAAUGUGGGCCUCUGCUACCCACAAGGCACUGCCUUCACCAUCAUUUCAGACAUCCACAACCGUCUGACCAAACAGACCCGCAAGACUGGUGUCUUCAUGAGGACGACACAGAGGGAAAAGAUCAACCACUCACAUCUGGCCAGAGGAUACUACUACUGGGAGGAAGACACUGGCCUACUCUUCCUGAAGGUAAAGGCUCACAAUGACAGGGAGCAGUUUUCCUUCUGCUCUGUCAAGGGUUGUGAGAGGGUGAAGAUAACAGCCAUCAUCCCAAAAGGCAGUCUGCCCAGCAACUGCUUGGCCCAAGCCUACCCCAGACAUGCUGAGCUGCCUGUUGUAGAUGUACCCAUGCCCAGAAAGAUGCCAAAUGUGCACUCACCAGAGAACUUUCUAGAGGUCAAACUGGAGUCCUACAACACUCGUUUCUUCCACAUCAAGGAGGACUUUGCAUUUACAGAGGUGAACGGCAGGAAGUUAUACCAACCAGAAGAUGGGGUGCAGCUGACAGUAAUUGAUGGGCAUGAUGGGAAAGUGAUUGAGAGCAAGGGAUUUAGGAAUUCUAUCCUACAGGGAAUCCCUGCACAGAUCGACAACUAUGUCAGUGGACUGCGAGACUGUUCCAUAGUCCUCAUGACGUCUAAGGGCCGUGUGGUUACCAGAGGAUCCUGGACCAAAGUUCUGGAGAGACUAGGAGCAGGAAAGAGCAUCAAAUUGAAAGAUAAGCUGGCAUUUGUGGGAUUCAAAGGCUCCUUCAAACCUGACUGGGUCCAUAUGGAGGUGGACACCAACCGAGCCAAGAUCCAUCAGGUCUUGCCUGUCCCUGUGGUCCACAAGAUGAAGCUAUGAGUGGCAAGACGAGCGGGGAGAACAGCCAAGUGACUAUGUAACCCCCAGAUACUGAAACACAUACCCCUAAAAGAAUACAAGCAGCACAGACUCACACAUACAUGCACACUGCCAGCACUGCAGAGCCAGUCGCUCUGAGCCAUUGGUCCGGCAUCAAGUGUUGUUUAGUCAAGGUUUGGUGGUGAGAAAGAAUGAUGUGAUUUGGUAUGCUGAAAAGGUGAAAACCCUGUCCCAGAGCCAGCAGUGCCCAUGAUGAACUGAUGUCUGUUUAAGACCCUGCUCUGCGCUGAAUCCUCAGUUUGUUGGCAACAGUCAACAGUGUUUGCAGAAAUAUGGCUGUCUCCACACCCAUUAUUGAUAGACUGAUAGACUUGAUUAAUAAUGAUUUUGUUUCUGACAGAACACUGUCAUUGCAUCACAAACUGCAUUGUUAUGUUUAUGUAUUGUUAGCUUAUUAGCUAAAGUAAAUAUUGGCUUUGGUCAGCUAACCAUUACUAUUGUGCUGUAAAAACAUCCCUCAUGUGCAAAAGUUAACAUGACAUUAACUAACUUUCAUGUUAAUAUUAACAUUUCCGUGUUUAGUAAAUUUGGUGGCAAUGCGGUUAAUUCUCUGACCCAACCAAAGCUCUCAGUUGACUCUUUUCCAGUUAUACAUUGUAGAGUUUUCACUUAGAAACCAGUAUAUAACCUUUAGUAUUGUCUAUAUAGUCUGUCCUCUAACAGACUUCUGUAUCGGCUACAGCAAAAAUUUUGAUACUUUUUGAUGUCACUUAUUGAUGCUGCUAUCGAGGGUUGUGCUGUCAUUUGAAUGAAUGAGUCCGUGACAGUUACAUCAAGAUAAAAUUAACAACAAAAAGAUUUGCUAUUAGCGAGGAGAGUGAGAUGUAAUAUUUGUACAAAUAAGGAUAACGGCUCAGUCUUUUGGUCAGGCUCUCCUUUAUUUAGGGACAGGGAGACUCAGAAAAUGUUCAAGCUUUCUGGCUCCACUGAUGAUCCUCUUAUAUUUUGCUGUUAAACAGUAAGACAACAAAAAGAAAUAGCAGCACUGGUAAUUUUCUUGUACAUGAUUUUGUUUCAGGAAUGUCAAUAUUUUGUGAAAAAUUAAAGACCACAGGUUGACCUACUAAGUUUAAAUGGAACCUGCUCUCUCACUUCCACACAGCUGGCUAAAAACUGUAACUGUUAUCAAAAGCAUGACAUUAGGGCAAGAAGUUAUCAGUGCUGUUUCAGACGGCUUUCAAUUAUCCAACAAGUGCUUUGCUUUAAGCCGACUGGUGCCCUUUGAGUUUUAAUGGCAAUAAUUCAGCUGAAUCACCAGUUUAGAACACAUAAAUUAAGAGUAGGUUUUUCUCUGAAUAAUAAGGUUACAGUAUAUGAGAAGACUGAUAUGUAAGAGCUGAGGGAAUAGAUGCUUAGUCAGUGGGAAUUGUGACCAUUACAGUUGCUGAAAGCUGCUCUUCCAGGAAUAAGAGCAAUUGUAAAAAUGUAUCUAUUCUGCAGUUUUUUAAAUUCUCAAUUCAGAAGAUUUUUUUGAGGGGUUGAUGAAUAUUAACAACCAAUAACAGAUGAGGCAACUCCGUCUUUAAAAGGGAAAAUAAGAAACUGUCCUGGAGGCAGACCAAGGAAGAGAGCGGUGUGGUUCAGAUCGCACUGGGUUUCCCAUUAUGUACAAGUUUUUAGCACACUGGGUGGCAGGCAAACCAGCUCUGGGUCUGUUGAUCUUGGUCUAACAGCUGAAAAAGUUGUUGCUUCCACUUCCUAAAGGUAUGUAGUUUGUUACAUUAGUGACUGCCUGUCAGAUACUUAGGCUACGUUCACACUGCAGGCUAAAGUGACCCAAAUCCGAUCGGAUCUUUUCAUGACAGUCUGAACGACACAGAUCCCAUUUCUUCAAAUGCGACCCAGGCCACUUGGAUAUGUGGUCCUAAUUCCGAUACGUAUCGGAUCUUUUGCCAUGCGACUUCAGUCUGAACGGCCAGGUCACGUUUAUCCGACCCAUACGUUGUUGGUACACGACAAACGUCACUAUUCUGCGUUCAAGCAAAACAUAUCUUCGGGCUGCCGAAGACGUGUGUCUUGCCGUGAGUGUUAAAAAGAGGCGCUUACAUAUGUACGUAAAGAUCGCCCUUGUCAUUCGAAAAUUCUGAAUGAAGUCCGCAUCUUUGAAGCCUCUCACAUCACUAGCACCCACAUAGUUCUCUGGACAGACGUUGCUGCCACUGCCCCACAAAACGCCAGGGCCAAAAUCCUGGCUCUCUUCCUUCUUGACCUUCUCCUUAAAACGAUUAAGUUAUAAAUAUGCUGGCUCCGGCUGGACAACAACUUUAAAAUGGCCAGACAUGCUCUACUGUUAGCGUCCAUGUUUUCUUCCGUAAACACUGAACAAGCUCUCUGCGUGUCGUUGUUGUGUCCUCUUCUGCGCAUGCGAGACACUUUUGGGUCGUAUGAGGUUCACACAGGAGAUCACAUACAAGUCGCAUUUAAUUGGAAAUGUGAACGAAUUCGCAAAAAAAUCGGAUUUCACAAGAAAAAUCGGAAUUGAGCAUUAAGCCCUGCAGUCUGAACGUAGCCUUAGAGUGCCUAAAUGUAGGCAAUUGGGACAGUGUAUAUUGCUGACCGUAUACCCAGUAGGUUAACAAGUUUGUGCUUGGUGUUCAGACACUCAGGUCCUUCUGACAUCAUCUUAGUAGCAGUAGAUUGACCCUCCAAUAGUAAAAUGUGUCACAGAUUUGAUCUAACCAGCCUCCUACCAAUUGCAAAUAUUUUCUACAAGCAGAAAACAUUGUAAAGAAAGCAUGAUGCCACCCACAUUAAGUUGAAAAUAAAUCUGCAAAAUAUUUAAUACCCACGCUCUUCAGAUAGGUCUUUAAUGUACAUGCUUGGCAACUAAUGUCAGAUUAUGCACUAAACUAUUAAAAGAACUUCAUGGACAUCAGUCAAUUUGUGAACCAGCAUACCAGGCGCAUUCCCAGGGAUCCAGGUGGUCAGAGAGUGCAGAUUACACAUUUUACACGAUUUUUCACACUUCUUACUGCAUUGGCACAGAACACUGGAAAUACAGAUACAGAUUUAUAGAUUGAUAGAUUUAUUCGGAUGAUUUCUGCAAAAGUUGUAAAAGUGUAUUGUGCAAGUGUAUGAGCAUAAUUCAUAGGAGACUUAAUUGGCCAGUUUACCAUCUCACAAUAAACCAUAUUGGAAAAAAACAAAACAUUACUCUAAUUGACUUUUCCAUUUUACAAGUCUUUUCUUCUAGCCUGGUAGUUGCACAUUUAUGCAUCGCGAAGUAUGGGUCUAUUCUCCAGCAGAUGUCCUUGAUGUCAGCUAUGAUUGCUAGGCGGUUAGGAUUCAAAGGCAAUGGCUACUUCAACAGAGAUCAAAAAAUCAGAAAGUAUGAGUCAGUUUUUCAAAUUAUCUGUUCCGUAUUUGCAUCUCUGAGCGCCCUUGUCAUGCAGGUGUCUGUGAUAGGUGUAGAAGUUGAGCGAUUUUACUAUCCUCCUUUGUUGGACUAAAGUGUUUAAAGACAGAAAAUAGUAGAAAAAGCAAAAGAAAAGGGAAAAAAAAUAAAACAACAGAAACAUUCCUUGUUUUGCGUCCGGACCAGUGGUUAGCUUGUUCUGUUUCAUUCCGAGCACUUGCUCACUUGAUAUUGUGAUGUUUUCCUUCCAUGUAUUUUUUUUCUUUUAAAUCUGUGUUUGUGAUCCAAACUGUCUGUGUUUUGGAAUGAACCAGCAAGAUGCCCAUGACUAUAUAAAAUAUGAACUCAAGUUGUCCACUAAAUGUUGAACCAUGGAGUUUUUAAACGUGCAAUCCCCCUCAUUUUAAAAGAAUGAUGAAAACUGUGUUGCAAUCAGUGAAAUAAAGGAAACCCCACCCCCACCCCCACCUCCUACCCCACCCCCUCCCUUGCCGAAAUAGCUGGUCUUUUUUCGGAGGUUGUAGCAGUAAUUUAGUGUUUUGUAUGUUUAAUGUGUUUUUAAAAAUCCACAAAGAUAUAUUUUAUACUUAUUUAUUGUACAGACACAGUUGAUCCAAAUCUACAAGGGACAUGCUUUAAGUUGUCAUGUUAUAACUGCCCUGUAUGUGUACUGUAUGUAAUACACAGAACUCAUUAUAGCUCCAUUUUAAAAGAUUUGUAUCAAACACUGCAUACAUGCGUAUGACCCUUGGUAUAGUUGGUCUACUAUAACUGUACAUCAAAUGAAUGUGUUGUAUAUGUGGCUUGGGCUUGUAAAGUGAUGAAACUUCAUGACAUUAAAGUUCUUCAAAUGAUUUUUGUACAGAAAUAAAGAACAGUCUACAGUU